AUGCUAACUGAAUACGAUCUGGAAAAUAAAAUCAUUAAUGAUGACGGCUCAGUUAAAGCUGAAGAUCUCAAGCGAGAAUGCAGAGGCGGAGUCAAGGCGAGCCUGCGCCACAUAGUCUACAGGCUUCUCAUGCUGGGUCUUGAGCAUGAUUACACGUCCGAAAGAGAGAGCAGGGAUGUAGAGAUCUAUGACAAACUCUGCGAGCAAGUACGAUCGGGGUAUUCACAGGGGCAGCCAAUACUGUACAAGACUGCUUCGGGCAGACAGACGGAUCGUCCCUUCGAUCUGCUGCUUGAAGGAUUUCCGGAGUAUUUUUCAUCAAAAAACGGAAAUGAUGCCUGCCAUGACUAUGUUUUCAUACCCGAUCCUAAAAAAAGUGUGAGUAUGAGUCUGGUGCAGGAUGUGGCACAGACAGUGCAUGCGCCCACAGGCAGAAAGACGAUGGAUCUAGACUCCUCAUACACACAGCCAUUGAUUGAUCUUGAAAAAGGCAGCACGAACAUAUGCGACGAAACACGCAGAAACGUUAAGCAGAUACGCAAGGAUGUUGAGAGAAUUUCUCCGCAAUUCAAAAUACUGAAGCUCAACGAAGAAUACGACGUGGAUGUGAGCUAUAUUUACGAGAAUGUUCUGAUUCUGUAUUCAGAGCUGUUUCAGAGUACAUAUAUGCAGGGAGCAGAGAGUCUGAUGGUCCCGCUCAUAUACAACUUCGUUACCUACGGCUGCAGCUCUGAAAAAGAUCUAAAGAAGGCUGAGGCGAGUGCGUUUCUGUGCUAUGCAGUGAUGAUAAAGGGGCUGAAGCGCGACAUUGAGGACAACCAGGCCACCAUGAUCAGCAGGAUCAAAACCGAAAUGAAGGCCAAGGAGCCAGCUAUAUAUGAUCACCUUUUUAGUGAUAUUGAGAUCUCCCUCGAUGGAUUGCUGGUGAGGUGGCUGAACUGUCUCUUUCUGCAGGAAUUCGCAUUCGAUGAUUGCCUAAGGAUAUUCGACUUUAUGUUCAGCUAUGAGCCGCAAAAACUUCCGAGGCUUCUGCUAUACAUAUCUGUGGCCAUCUUCGGAGACUACAAGGAUAAGUUUGUGCACCAGGAUCCAAAUCAAUGCGGAUGCUUGGAGCUUAUCUUUGCAAAAGGCAGGCCCUUUACGAAGGGAGCAAGCCCAAGAGACAUUGAGAGGAUAAUCAAAAAGGCACGCCAUUACAUGGAGGAAGAGGACCACAAGAAUUAA